GUGGUCGAGGCCCAGCAACUCCAACUUUACCCCUCCGAUUCCUCCUGGAAAGUCAGUUACUCCACAACUUGUCAACCAGCCGCAGGCUGAAGCCUGGACAACCCCAGAUUUUCACCUUCUCUCACUUCACCACGCAUGCUGCUUCUAAACUUCAGUACCACUCCAAGCAAGCCUUUCUCUGUUCUAGGUCCUUUCAAAUCCUCUCCUUCACACUCGGGAAUCAUAUCUGGGCUCUGCACAGCUUGAAGGUCGGCCCAACUCCGUGCUCUGGCAGUCACUUCCGGGUGAAACCAUAGUGUCAUUCUUCCCUUUCAGAGGAUAAAAUAACCCGCUUGCGGAACCGCUCAUGCCUUAAUCCAAGGAACGCCACCAAUCGGUGAGAUGGAACCGGCUAAAGCCCAGAUCAGCAUUGAGAGCAAAACUUUCCCACGGGGUAAUUGCGAUCUGAUGCAAUGAUUGGCUGUGGUUCAAAUGGCUCCAUCCGUGUCCUCCCCGCGCAGUGUUCGCGUGGGAUUGGGGACAGGUCCGGCGGCGUGCCCACUGUCUCCAAACCGGGACUCCGGAGGCAUUAUAUAAAGCCGGCUUUUAUCGCAUGACGUCGGGAGAGUGCCCUGCAACGUAUUGCUAGAGUAUAAAUUUCCUCCGAUACCCUUUUCCUUGACUCGGCACGCUGCUGUUCAUGAAUCAAAGACGAUAGUAUUACCUGGGCUGUUGACGAUGAUUUCUGACACGAAGAAGAAGCCCUUCUUUGGGUUAACAGGAGGAUGGCUCACUGUUUGGCUAACAGUGGCCUGCGCUACUGAUAUGACCCUCUUUGGGUAUGAUCAAGGAGUAUUCAGUAUGUCGCCCGAUGCAUCGCAUAUCUGCAAGUGCUAACCUCCUUGUAGGUGGAGUCACUGUUUCUCAGGAUUUCCUCGAAUUACAUGACCUUGUCGGGCCCUCUCGAACCAAAGUUCUUUCUACUGUCACUGCAAUCUACGAUAUUGGCUGUUUCUUCGGCGCGAUUAUUGCGUUCACCUGGGGGGAGAGGCUAGGGCGCAAGAAGGCAAUCCUUCUUGGUACAGCAAUUAUGGCAGUUGGGACUAUCAUCAAGGCGAGCUCGUACAGUCUGGCCCAAAUGUUUGUUGGGCGAAUUGUUCUUGGUCUCGGAAAUGGUAUCAAUACUACUACCGCCCCAGUGUGGCAGACGGAAACUGCGCACCACAAGUGGCGCGGAAAGCUCGUUCUAUUUGAGAUGGUCAUGAACAUUGCUGGGUAUUCCAUGGUCAAUUGGAUAAACUAUGGGCUGUCAUUCGUUGGCGGAUCUAUUGCAUGGAGAUUUCCCAUAGCUUUUCAGUUCUUCUUCAUCUUUAUUCUCUUUGCCACUGUUCCAUGGCUUCCUGAGUCACCUAGAUGGCUCAUGCAACAAGGCCGACAAGAGGAAGCCGUGGAAAUCCUCGCCGCCAUUGAGGGUAAGGAGUUAAAUGACCCCUAUAUCCAAGUGCAACGCAGCGAAAUCGAGUUCAGCGUUCAAUACGAGCGUGAGAACGCCCCAAGCUGGAAAGACAUUUUCCUCCGCAAGCAGGGCAACAACGACACCAAGAGCCUGAGACGACUUCUUCUAGGUGCAGGAACGCAGUUCAUUCAGCAAUUCGAAGGAAUUAAUAUCAUGAGCUACUAUUUUCCGCUAAUAAUGAUGAAUUCGGUUGGUUUAUCGGAGAGUAUGUCCCGAUUACUUGCGGCUUGCAAUUCCGUCUCAUACCUCCUCUUCACAUGUCUAUCGGUUCCACUUGUUGAGCGGUGGGGCCGGCGAGGCCUUAUGCUGUUUUCGACUGCUGGUCAGGGCUUCUCAUUUCUCAUUAUCACUAUCCUACUUCGCUUCGCAGAGACCCGUGAAAACAGCGACAAGUUCGGCUCUGCGUCCAUUGCCUUCUUCUUCCUAUUUUUUAUCACCUUUGGCAUGGGCAUGCUGGGAGUGCCAUGGCUCUACCCAACUGAGAUUAAUUCAUUACCAAUGCGCAACAAGGGAGCGGCUGUUGCGACUGCUACUAACUGGAUGACGAACUUCGUGGUUGUUGAAAUCACACCAAUUGGAGUCCAGAACCUUGGCUGGCGAUUCUGGAUCGUAUGGACGGUUUUCAACGCCGCUUUCCUGCCCGUCAUCUACUUCUUCUAUCCCGAAACCUCCAACCGCACUCUAGAAGAUCUGGACUCGUAUUACCGCUCAAACCCGUCCCCGAUUGUUAUUACUGACCCCGAUGCCACGUCUGUCAAGCGUCCUCUCAAGUAUAUUCAACAUGAAGAUGAAGAGAUUCAGAAAAAUACGAAGGCUCGAGCCGUACAGGUCGAAAACGUCGAAGUUGCAUGAUGGUCUAGACUAGAUAGUUGUGGAUUCUUGCCAGGUGAACUAGGGUGAAUCUAGCCCUUUUAUAAUCUCUAUUAGUUAAGUAAAAUUUUAAUAACUAUCCACCUCAGUCGCUCU